CACACCCUGUGCACUCACUUUUUUUCACUUUACGUCGAAUUUUUGGAAUAUAUGACGUAUUGGAUUGAUUGAAUACGUCAAAUGGACAAAUACGGUAUUUGAUGCUAUGACUACAUACAUAAAUGUUUUCGGGAUAUUGAAGAAGCGCCUUCAGUCUACCAGCCAACGAAAUCAUAACGUCGUCAUAAAAAACAAGUAACAAAAUGGUGGAAAGACUGAACAUGAAAGCGAGUGUUUUGUCCGUAUUUGGUAUUUGUUCAUUUCUUACAUAUGGAAAUACAUGCGGUAAAAGUGAAUAUAAAUCUGCUGAUGGAGAAUGUUGUCCAAUGUGUAAUUUGGGGACAGUAGUUUACCGUCACUGCACUGGUAAUUCCAGUACCACAUGUAUACCCUGCACUCCAGGAACAUUCAUGAGUCAACCCAAUGGUCUUGAUAAAUGCUUCCCAUGCAAACACUGUGCUGAAAGUCAAGGACUUUACAUCCAGAGUAAAUGCACUACAAUACAAAACACCAUCUGUGAUGUACUCCAUGGAUAUCACUGCAUUGAUUACUCCGAUUCACAGUGCCGUCAUGCUGAAAAACACAGAGUUUGCAGACCAGGACAAGAAACAAAAAGACCAGGAACAAAGACGUCAGAUACAGAAUGUGUGGACUGUACUCCUGGGUUUUAUUCUCCAUCUGGGCUGAACUGCACCAAAUGGACAAACUGUGCUGCCAGAGAUGAUAUUAAAGCUGAAGACGGGAGUCCUGUAAAAGAUGUCACAUGUGUACAGAAGAACAGGAAAAGAUAUCAUCUUGUAGCUUUAUGUCCCCCUGUUAUAUGUGCAGUUGUUAUAGCAGCAUUAUACAGAAGGAUACACUCAGAAGUUCUGACAGUCAGUAUUGGUGAUCAAAUAAAUAAGUCUCCCAUUGAGGAAACAUCAGGCCAACCACCGGAGGAAAACAAUGAGGAUCCAACAGAUGAUACAUGAAACUGUCUAUUACUUUUCCUGCUAUUACAGCGCACUAUGAUGGAGAAGAACUGUGUAGGAUGUUGGACUUGGAUUUCCCUGGGAUGCCGUUCAUCGAGAACCAGCAAUCAAUGUGAACAGGAGCAGACAUUUUAAUAUUGCUGCUGCUGGAUGGUUUAUUGCUUAUUGUUGAUAACAGCCACAACACAGAUCUUAACAACAGAGAGCACACUGGAUCGCUACAGUUCUGACAGCUGAGACAAUAUGGGGAUUAAUUUUCACUGGAAUUGACGAGAGUGUAGGAUGGGGAACAUUAAAGAGAUAGAGGAGAGGUCAGUGUGCUGGUGUGCAGCAGAAAGUCCAGGCCAGAAGUAACCAACUGCCUCUACUAACAGUCUCUCUCCAUGCAACUAUCAUAUUUUCAAUCAGCUGUAAGGUAUUUACAGAGUAUAGAGACAUUUGUUUGCUAUAUUUUACAGAAAUAUGGCUUUAAGGGAUAGUUCAAUCAAAAAUGAAAACUCUGUCAUUAAUUACUCAUAUCGUUCCAAACCCAUAAGACCUUCAUUCAUCUUCUGAACCAACCCUCUACAUUUUGUUUUCCUAAUUAAUGUUGUUUAGCUCUGACACAAUCUUUUUUGUUUAAAGCGCUGCAUAAAUAUAGGUGACAUUGCGAGCAAAUCACUCGCAUAUGCGACUAAAUCUUCAUUCUGGGCGACCAAAUGUUGUCUAUAUUGCCAAUGGCUAAUAAAUUCUCCGAUUUUA